AUGACGGAGAAGCAGCCCUUUGACCAGGAGCUUGAGGCUUCCACGGCGCCGCCCAAGCGCGACGUUUUCACCAUGAAUGGCAGGCCGGUUGACAUCCCCCAAGGCAGCCACAUCGCGGUCUACACUCCGUGGGGAAACCGAUACACUCUUCGCGGCUGGAAGUUCUACGUUUUCCUCUACGGAAUGAUUUUUUUCUUCAUGAGCGGUUGCAAGCUGCCUGACGUUAGCAAGCUUACCAACUUGCUCGCCCCAGCCCACCCCUGUCCCCAUGCCACCAAGCAAGUGCAAGGCUACGCUCAGCACUUGUACAGCUCUGGUUUCCUCGACAAUACCUUCUCCCUCGCCUCCAACAGCAACAACACAUCAGAGGCACGAUGGAAGCAGUACUUUGCCAAACUCGAGUCCGACUUCCUCGCCAUCCCCAGCGCUGAUGGAGCACGCAACGCUCUCAAGCGCUACACCAACGUCAGCCACUUUGCUGGUUCGGAAGGCGACUACAACUCUGCCCUCCAGAUCCUCGAAGAGUGGGGCAACCUCGUUGGCGCUCCUCUCACCGACGACUUGAAGGAUCUCGUCUUUGAUGCUGGCUCCGCUGACAGCCAGGCUUACCUCAGAGGCGCCAAGGGCAAGGACGGCGUUCGAGCUUGGACUGACACGUACGCCGUCUGGCUCAACUAUCCGAUCAACUCGACGCUCACCCUCGCCAAGCCUGACCAGCUCGACAAGCCCUACUGGACUGCGAAGCUGAAGGAGGAUGUCCUUGACGCUGACCCAACCAGCUCGCGCGGUGUGCCCCUCUUCCACGGCUACUCGGCCUCUGGCAGCGUUUCCGGCCAAGUUGUGUUUGCCGGCAUGGGCCGAAAGCAGGACUUUGCCGAUCUCGCUGCCAAGGGGAUUGACGUCAAAGGCAAGAUUGUGCUCGUCGACUAUGGCUCCAACUUCCGCGGCCUCAAAGUGCGGGCUGCCCAGGAAGCCGGUGCUGUCGGCGUAAUCAUCUACACUGACACCAUCGAGGAUGGCGAGAUCACUGAGGCCAACGGAUACAAGGCAUACCCGGAUGGCCCUGCACGCAACCCGUCGGCUGUGCAGCGUGGUUCCGUGCAGGGACUGUCUUUCUACCCUGGCGACCCUUCCACUCCUGGCAAGCCAUCGUACCGCAACGCGACGCGCUUGGAGCCGGAGGACGCUGAUUCGCUGCCCAAGAUCCCCUCCCUGCCGCUUUCGUAUUCUGAGGCGAAAGUGCUCUUCGAAUCGAUCAAGGGCAAAGGUGUCAAGGCUAGCGACGUCAACGACCGCCUCGCUGGCGCCAUCGAUGGUGUUGAAUACUGGACCGGUCCUUCCGACGACAUUGUCCAUCUUGAAAAUUUUGUCGACCUCAAAGUGCGCGAUAUCUGGAACACGUACGCUGUACUUCCCGGCCACAUCAAGGAUGAGGUCGUCAUCUUGGGCAACCAUCGCGAUGCAUGGACCUUUGGCGCCGCUGACCCGAACUCGGGCACCGCCGCUUUCCACGAAGCCAUCAAGGGCCUCGGUCAGCUGUACGCCCAAGGAUGGAAGCCCAUGCGCACCAUUGUCUUCGCCUCGUGGGACGCCGAAGAGUACGGCUUGGUGGGAUCGACCGAGUUUGGCGAGGACUACGCCCAGUGGAUCCGCGACCACGUGGUGGCCUACCACAACGUUGACGUCUCCGUCGCGGGAUCCGUCCUGCAAGCGUCAUCCUCGCCCUCGCUCUCGCGCUUUGUCCAAACGGCAGCGGCCAAAGUCAAUGAUCCCAACACCCCCUCCGAGAAACUCGACCUCAAUGCCUUCCACCCCCUUGGCUCCGGGUCAGACUACACGGUCUUCCUCCAACACCUCGGCAUCGCCUCCACUGAUCUGGGUUUCAAACGUGCGGCCAAGGAUCCGAUCUACAUGUACCACUCGAACUACGACAGCUUCUACUGGAUGGACACAUUCGGCGACCCGGGUUUCCAUCGGCAUGAGGCUGCGGCCAAGAUCGUUGGGUUGAUGGCGAUCGGGUCGUCGACCGAGCUGUUUGCGCCUGUUGAUGUGCAGGACUAUGCCAGCGAGUUGACCAAGUACCUUGGCAAGAUCGAGAAGCUCGCUGCCAAGGAGUUGGGCAUCCCGCACGGCGCAGGUGCCAAACACCCCCACUGGUUGAACCACCUUCGACUCUCGAUCCACAAACUCGAUGUUGCCGCUCGACACUUUGAGCACCAGAAGGUACACCUGAAGCAGAAGCUCGUACGCCUCGCAGAAAAGUACCGCAAGCAUCCCCGCCACAAGAAUCAGCACCAUGCCAACAAGCACGGUGAUGAAAAGGUAGGCAAAGACAUCUGGAAAGUGCUCGUUGAGAUCCGACAGCUCAACAAGAAGCUGCAGACGUUCGAGCAGAAUUUGAUCGACCAGAAGGGCUUGAAGGGUCGAGAGUGGUACAAGCACCUGGGUACUGCUCCGGGUCGAUGGUUGGGAUAUGGUGCGACGACGUUCCCUGGUGUCACCGAGGCGAUCACGCUGGAUAAGGGCGAAGGACUCGAGGACGAGGCUAGGAGGUUGGGCCAACAUAUCGAGGCAUUGGCCCAUCACCUGCGCAAGUGA